GUAGCUGCAUUUUUUUUACAGCUCAAAGUCAUUGCAGGCUGAAACGGUUCAACUCAGAUUAACUUAUUUACUGCAUGUCAAGUGCAAGGGUUCACCCGGUGUGAACAGAUGACAAAAUAACCUCCCAACAUGUUGCAAAUGCUUCACAUGAAACACUGGAAGAGCAGUUUUCUAUUUCAAGAUAACGCUGAGUAUGAAAAGUGAACCCAAGCACGCUUUGCUUUAGGAUGUGAUCAACAGAGCAGCACUGAGUCCUGUUGAGAGGCUUAAGACAAAUUCAUCAAGAUAUAACGACAAUGGAUACUGUGACAGAAGGUUCGGCCGUGCCAGACGUGGACGCCGAGAUGACGGCGUUGACACCUGAGGAUACCAAACAAAACCUGGAGGCCAGCGAUGAAGUGGAGCACCUUCGAAACAGUUUACGCGAGGCCGUCCAUGACGACAACGUGCGUCCUAAGAUGCAGUGCCUGAUGAUGGACUCCUCCUUCUCCAUGGUGACGAUGCAAGGCGAGGACAGUGGGAUUGCGUGGGAGACGACUCCUAGUCGAUGCAACACCCCCUGGGCAUCUGAGCCUGGAAACUCCACCAUGGAUCUCGGAUCUCCGGUUGCAGUCCGGCCGGCAACACCUGGGUCUGCUCCAGCAGGAAAGAUUAUCUUCGUCAUGGACGAGGAGCUGAUUUCAAGACGGAAGAAAGUAACUAAAGAGAGAGUGAAGAGCAAAGCUGUCCUGGCUCUCAGUUCUGAGAACGUCUCAGGAAGGCCGGAGUUAGUCGGAGUCUCACAGCCAAACGUGAAAAGCGAGGAAGGAGACGAAGAAGCGAACGAUAAAGAGCUGGAAGAUAAAGAGCAGCUGCUGUUCAGCUUGGUGUCCGAGGGCUCUGAAAUCCUCAACAUUGUUGUUCCACCAAAACUGGCGACUGUUGACGAAGAGGAAAGCAAAGAAAUGGCAGACAAUCUUUCAUAUCUGGAGGACAGCCUUGUUCCUAAGGUGACUGAAGAGAUGAAUGACUAUGAACUGGUCGUUUCAACAACAGGAUCAGCUGCAGCAGGAAGUGACCAAGUCAAGCCUGCACCUUUACGUCUGAUGGAUCCACCAGGAGCUCCUGUGGCAAGACCUCCAGGUAGAGCAGCUCCUGGAAAUGUGGACUACUUUGAGCCAUUCACCCUGAUUGAUGCGCAAGCUCCAGGAAGUCCUGCUGUGAUCGCGCAAGGACAGGUAGAAGAAGCAGCUGAGGUUACCACUGAGAGCCAUGACAUUGAGAAGCCUGUCCAAACUCAAGACAACACCACAACAAAAACGACAGCUGUGGAUAAUGACAAGUCAGACACAAUCAGUUUAGAGGAAAUCACCAGCGAGCUUCUUGAUGAAGUCUUCUACGGUGGUACAGAAGACUACCUGAAAAGUCAAGAAGGCGGAGUAGCUGAAGGUGCACGUUCGAGGCUUCCUUCAAAACCGAGUGGUUCGACUUUGUUCGGAAGCCAAGAGGAAAUCCUGACUCCGAUCUUUCUCCCAGAAGGACCUCCCAAAAUCAUCGACCAAAUUUUGCUGGAGGAGCCAAAAGCCAUGGCGUUCCUUUACACGGACCUGUAUGAGGAGGCAAUCGGCUGUCGUAAAAAAGAGGAAGAUACAGAGAGUCUGACCUCUGAGAAAUCUUUCCACAGCAGGCAUUCAGACCGAGAGGCCAGGGGUUAUUUAGAGAAGUAUGUCCUCAUAGAUGAGACUCCCGUGCUGGAAAUGGAACCAAGUGAAAGUGGAAAAUGCCAAAAAGAAGAAGGUCCUCGAGUGUUGACUCAAGAUCUGUAUGAAUUUGGCAUGGUGUCCAAGCCUGACAAAAGUGAGAUCCCAAAUUCAGAGGAGGAAGUCACAGACUUCUUCAGAUCCAGCGCCAAUUCUUCUCCAUGUGAAUUAGAGCCUUUUGUUCACUCACUUGAAGAGGACGAAAUCCAACCAGAGACAAAAAGCAAAAGCACGAAAAACAAAACUGUUUCAAUCAAGGUUGAAAACGUCGCUGAAAUCCCAGUCGAUCCCCUCGGCAUCUCAAGCUUCGAGUUUCCCCCAGAUGAACUUGACUGGGGAACUUCAGAUGAUCUUCCAACAGCUCAGGAUGAGAAACACAGUCAUGGAGAUCAAGACUUGUGGAAACAAGAUGUUGAGGUGCAAAAGCCAGUCGCCCCUCCAAGAAAAAAGGCGACUUCCUCCCUUAAGGCAUGCCUGGACCUCACACCUCUGACUCCGGUUGAUGUCGCUCGACAGGAAGAACAGGAGGCUGGUGGGAAGGAGCAGAGGGUGGAGGAGAAAGAGACGGCAUCGCCGGCCGAGACCGCAGACGAGGGAGAUGGAGACGGAGAGGAAACGCUUGCUCUGCCUGAGAGUGUGUUGGCUGCACAAACUGAAAGUGUAGAAGAUAACAGCGAAAUAACUGUCACAAACAGCGAACCAGAACCAGCUGAGGGGAAGGACACUAAAACAGUAGAAGAGGAGAAGACAAGUGAGACUGAGGUAUCUCCAAAACAAACUGAACCAGAGGAGGCAGGUGUUAAGUCAGCAGAUUUGGGUAAAACAGAUCCAGAAAAACCAGAGGAGAGUUCAACUGUCCCAACGACUGAACCAGCUAAAGAUAAAGGACACUGUAUAAUACUCUAAAUGAGCGACGGUAUUUUUAAGUUUGAUAUCAAGUGCCUUAAGAUCACAGUAGAAUUAAACAACAACCAACUGAGAUAAAUUCUUAAAAAGAGUGUGAUGUAUAUCUCAGUCUAGUUUUUAUAAUUUGUUCCCAUUUGUACCUGCCUGUACUCAGACUGCAUGCAUUAAGAAAUCGCACUGAUCAGAUAUCCAGAGGACAUUUUCCUUUGUUUCUCCAGGUUAACCCUCAAAGACCGUUUUCCAUAUGCUUUCAAAACCCAUGGAAGGCUGAGUCGUUCGGCUUUUCAGUGGUAUCACGCGUGUCUUGUUUGGCCAUCCAGGGGCUCCGUAGUGAUUGUGGUAACACCAUUGCGUGCUCUUUGACACUGACCCAAAGAAACCUACGUAGUUUCUUCACCUGCGCCGACAGGAGAUGGUUGCAGCUUCUGAAGCAUCCAAGAAUGUCUUUUUAAAUUUUUUAAAUAAAUUCUGGUAAAUUCAUCCAGUAUCAGAUGAAACACAUGUAAAACUGUGACUUUAAAUGAGCCAGACUGAAAGCUAAAGCCCCCAAAAAUGUGUUGUUUGUCUUUGAGGGUUAACCGAGUCUCUUUGGUGUAGACGGGUGGCUGUUGUGCAUGAACCAUAUCCUGUUUGAAAGGUGAGGUUUGGGUCACCAGUGUGAAUAAAAAAGGGUGAGAGUGCAUGUGUCUGUUUGUGCAACGUUUGGGUGGAUCUUCAGCUAUAAAUAAGCCUCUCUGGCUGUUAACCUGAUACUUCGACUCUCAACCAGAAGUCUGUGUACCAUAUUCUCUCUUGUAAACAGCCAAAAAAAGUGUGUAUAAUAUAUGCAAACAUGUGCAUGUGUUACUUAUAUGUUUUCUAAAACCGCCAUCGCUAAAGCAUUUUAAAUGUGUGAAUCUGCUCCUAAAGUAUCCACAUCAAAUAUCAGCAGAGAACAACGAUUUAUGA